AUGAACGUUGUUAAUAACAAAAAAAGGUCGUUGAAAAAAAAGAUGGCGGAAAAUGAUGAUGAUGAUAAUGAGGGUAGAAAUAAAUGUAAAUCAAAAAGUUUUUUUGCCCGCCAAUUUUUCACCGUGUCUACUUACUACACUUUUCAUUCCGUUCCUGUACACGACUUGUUCUACUUACUCGGCGUGUUACCAGAAUUAAAACGCUCGUAUGGAAACGUCAAGUCAAUACGUGUCACCCGUCCAACUAAAAAAUUAAAAAAAGAGACGGGGGGGGGAUUUUGUCUCUUUUCUCUCUAUAUAUUUUUUUCUUUUCUUCCCCAAAAAGUCCUCCCUCUCCACCCGUUCUCUCUUGCUCUCCACUCGCCCUCUCUUGCUCUCCGCCCGUCUUCUCUUGCUCUCCACUCGUCCUCUCUUGCUCUCCACUCGUCCUCUCUUGCUCUCACCCCGUCCUCUCUUGCUCUCCGCCCGUUCUCUCUUGCUCUCCCCGUCUUCUCUUGCUCUCCACUCUUGCUCUCCGCCCGUCUUUUCUUGCUCUCCACUCGUCCUCUCUUGCUCUCACCCCGUCUCUCUUGCUCUCCGCCCGUUCUCUCUUGCUCUCCGCCCGUCUUCUCUUGCUCUUCUCGUCCUCUUUUGCUCUCCGCCCGUUCCCUCUUGCUCUCCCCCCGUCUUCUCUUGCUCUCACCCCGUUCUCUCUUGCUCUCCACUCGUCCUCUCUUACUCUCCGCCCGUUCUCUCUUGCUCUUUACUCGUCCUCUAUUGCUACCCACUCGUCCUUUCUUGCUCUCCACUCGUCCUCUCUUGCUCUCACCCCGUCUUCUCUUGCUCUCCACUCGUCCUCUCUUGCUCUCCGCCCGUCUUCUCUUGCUCUCCACUCGUCCUCUCUUGCUCUCACCCCGUUCUCUCUUGCUCUUUACUCGUCCUCUAUUGCUACCCACUCGUCCUUUCUUGCUCUCCACUCGUCCUCUCUUGCUCUUCGCCCGUCUUCUCUUGCUCUCCACUCGUCCUCUCUUGCUCUCACCCCGUCCUCCCUUGCUCUUUACUCGUCCUCUAUUGCUCCCCACUCGUCCUUUCUUGCUCUCCAUUCGUCCUCUCUUGCUCUCCGCAUCUUCUUCGUCGAUCUCUAGUCAGACUGUCACAUCCAGUCUUCCGACUUCUGAUUGCGUUUCUUUUUCUUUCCUUUUUUUAAAGCAAACCCCCCUCCACCCGACUUCCCCCCGCCAUUUCUUUUUUCUAUUUCCCGCCUCUUGUUCUCUUUCAGUAACCACUUCAUCGCGUCUCACUUCAUCUGGACGCUGGCAACAUCACCGUGCACCACAAACGCCAACUUUUUCUUUCUUUUUCUUACAUUUUUUCUUUCAUUUUCUUUUUUCCCAUGAACUUUCUUUCUUUUUCUUUCAUUCUUUUUCUUUCCUUUUCAGUUUUUCUUUCUUUCUUUUUCUUUCAUUCUUUUUCUUGCAUUUUCUUUUUUCUUUUUUUCCCAUGAACUUUCUUUCUUUUUUAUUUCAUUCUUUUUCUUUCCUUUUCAUUUCAUUUCGUUUCCUCCUUUCUUUUCUUUCUUUCUCUUUAUUUCUUUCAUUCAUUUUCUUUCUUUUCCUUUGGUCAUUCUUUUUCUUUCUUAUUUUUUCUUUCCUUCAUUUUUUGUCAUCUUUCUUUUGUUUCUUUUCCUUAAUUCUCUUUCUUUCAUUCAUUUUCUUUCUUUUUCUGUGGUCUUUCUUUUUUCCUUCUUUUCUCUGUCUUUCCUUCAUUUUUCUUUUACUUGGUUUCUUCUUCAGCCAUCGUAUUCUUUAUAUUCUUUCUUUCCUUCGUCAGUCUUCUUCGCCUUCCUCCACCUCCCCCUCCUCCUUUACCUUUUUACUUUCAGCCGUUCUCCUCCUCCUCCUGAUAAUCAUUAGUCGUUCUUCCUCUUACUAUUCCCUUUCAUUAUCCAUUAAUUACAAUAUUCUCUACCCUUUUCCUUAUUACUUUGCCUUAACUAUUCACUCUUUCUCUUCCUUUGUAUCUUCUUUCGAUUAUUUAUCGUCUCAGGAUUUUUCUUACUUUGUAAAUUUUCUUGAAUUCGUUUCGAUGUUAACUGCACAUUUCAAAAACGAUUCUUCUUUUCUUUCUUUUUCCUCUUUCUUUCUCUUUCUUUCAUUCAUUUUCUUUCUUUUUCUUUGUUUUUUUCUUUUUUCUUCGUUCGUUUAUCUUCAUUCUUUCUCUUUCUUUCAUUUAUUUUCUUUCUUUUCCUUUGAUCUUUCUAUUUUUCUUCAUUCGUUUAUUUUCAUUCUUUCUCUUUCUUUCAUUCAUUUUCUUUUCUUUUCUUUGGUCUUUCUUUUUUCUUCUUUCGUUUAUUUUCCUUCUUUCUUUUUCUCUCACUCAUUUUCUUUCUUUUCCUUUGGUCUUUCUUUUUUUUUUCUUCUUUCGUUUAUUUCCGAUCUAGACUAUCUAUCUAUCUAUCUAUCUAUCUAUCUAUCUAUCUAUCUAUCUAUCUAUCUAUCUAUCUAUUUCGGUAUAGGUCAAUAUCUAUCUAUAUCUAUCUAUUUCGGUAUAGGUCAAUAUCUAUCUAUCUAUAUCUAUCUAUCUAUCUAUUUCAGUAUAGGUCAAUAUCUAUCUAUCUAUCAAUUUCAGUAUAGGUCAAUAUCUAUCUAUCUAUCUAUCUAUCUAUCUAUCUAUUUCAGUAUAGGUCAAUAUCUAUCUAUAUCUAUCUAUUUCGGUAUAGGUCAAUAUCUAUCUAUCUAUCUAUCUAUUUCAUAUAGGUUAAUAUCUAUCUAUCUAUCUAUCUAUCUAUCUAUCUAUCUAUCUAUCUAUCUAUCUCAGUAUAGGUCAAUGUCUAUCUGUCUAUCUAUCUAUCUAUCUAUCUAUCUAUCUAUCUAUCUAUCUAUCUAUUUCAGUAUAGGUCAAUAUCUAUCUAUUUAUCUGUCUAUCUAUCUAUCUAUUUCAGUAGCUAUCUAUCUGUCACUCCGUUCAUCAUCUAUCUAUCUAUCUAUCUAUCUAUCUAUCUAUCUAUCUAUCUAUCUAUCUAAUAUAGGUCAAUAUCUAUCUAUUUAUCUGUCUGUCUAUCUAUCUAUCUAUUUCAGUAUAGGUCAAUAUCUAUCUAUCUAUCUAUCUAUCUAUCUAAUUUACAGACAUUUUAUAUCUAAUUUACAUUUCAUAUCGAUAUUUACAUCUAUCUAUCUAUCUAUCUAUCUAUCUAUCUAUCUAUCUAUCUAUCUAUCUAUCACUACCCCCAUUAUCUAUCUCUAUCUAUCUGUCACUCCGUUCAUCUAUCUAUCUAUCUAUCUAUCUAUCUAUCUAUCUAUCUAUCUAUCUCUCUAUCUAUCUAUCUAUCUAAGUCGAUUCAUAUCUGUGUACUAA